UCUACUACGUUUUCGAGAUUCCCCCCCUCGUCCUCCCCUCCCACGCACUUCCUCACACCCUGGUAUAAGUCCAGACAGCUCACCCAGUCUCACUUUAUCGAGACCUUGAGAUAAAUCAGCGAGGAGCGCCGCGGAUCAAACAGCAGCAUGUAUUCAGAGCUCGAGUGUGGAAUUUGUUACCGGACCUUUAACGGAGGUCGGCGGUGUCCCCGGGAGCUCCAGUGCAAACACAGCUUCUGCGAGAGCUGCCUGCUGGCCCUGUCGCGACCCCAGGGCCCCGGCGAGGCGCGUCUGGGAGCGGACGCGUCCAUCGUCUGCCCGCUGUGCCGACACACCACAUCCAUCUCCGGAGAGGGGAAGAUCCGAGCCGAGCUGAGGGUGGACGAGUGCGUCCUGGCGCGGCUGCUGGCCGAGGGGGUCCUCGACCGGGAGGACCCGGAGGAGGAAGAGCGGGACGGUGACGUUCAGGACGGCUGUGACGACAAGGAGGCGUCGACGCCUCCCGAGAGCGCAGCCGAGGAGAGCGACUCUCCCGCGGGCUCCAGAGGAGGGAGGCUUCGGCGGUCUUGCCGGAAAGUUUGGAAGAAGAUAACCGGGAAGAGCUCACGUCCGAGUGGCGGAGAAAACUGUCUCACUGGUGACGACAUGAGGAACCUCGCCAUGAUGUCCUGCUUCAUGUUUUAAGGAAUCUACAGCUUCAGAUACCCUGGAUAAUGUGAUACCAGCCUAUAUUUAUACUCAAGAUAUCCUUCGGCGUAAUGGACUUGAUAAUGAUGAUGAUGAUAACCCUUGCUGGCAAGACACACGGACACAUACAGUCAUGAUAUAAGUUGUUUUUUUUAGCUUUCUGACUGCCUUUUUAAAUGAUACCACUAUGUUGCUGAUACAAUCAGAUGAGGAAAAAAAAUGUGAAUCGCCAAAGUUGCCCAUUUUAGGCCUAUUAAUGCACUAAUGUACGUGAUAUUUAUUGUUUUUCAUAAUUGUAUUUAUUUGAUGUAUUUGUUACAUAUUUAACGGAGAAUAAAUAAACUCUGAUUUGAAAUCA